AUGACAGAAAUGGGAGACGAGUGUUUUUUCGAUAUUUCGGCGCCACAGCUGUCGGGAAAUCUCAGUAGUUCACCAUGGAUGACACAAAAUGAGUCGAACGUUCAGCGUCAACAACAGAUACCCAACCAUGUGCCGCCUAUAAAUGACGGACUGAAUGUACCUUUUCCUGUGAGGUAGUAUUAUUUUGAAUGAGCCUAUUUAUAAUGGAACCGGGUUCACCCGUUCUAUAGGAGAACAGCCCAUAGUUAAUUUUUUAGUAAAAAACCAGUCUAGUCUGGUUGCAGUCUGCAGAGCCUGUGAAAAAUGCAGAAUUCACAAUUAUGCUAUGGCCUAUUAAUUCAUUUGUAAAUACUUGAAUUUCAGCCCAGCAGCAAACUGCGGAGCAAGCAAUAAGCAAGGUGAUAACAUGGACACUUGGGAUCCAAUGGAUGAUGAUUUUGCUUGCCCAACUUUCAACAGCUAUAAAAACUUUGAUGUCCUCAAGGCUGAACAUCCAAGUGACAAGUAUGUCCUAAAACAAAACGUUCAUACACCAUUUAAAUACUUUCUAAUGAGUUUCCAGCAAAGGGGAAGACUGGACUCUUCUUGCCAAUUAAUGCAAUAUUGCCGUGCACCCGCUGCGAGAAAUUGUGCACACAAAGAUGUGUUGCGUGUAAGGCACCGUACUGCAGCCGAGAGUGUCGGAAGAUUUACAGGGCAAGACAUAAACUUGUGUGCACCUAUCAGAGCAAUACCAAAGUGGAUUACAGUAAUUCAUCUGUUAUAUGUUGCCUACUUUUUACAGGUCCCCAGAGAAAAGCAUUCGGCAGUCACCAGAGAAACGAGCUGAAGAAAUCUCACUCUAUGUUGGCAAUAUUCCAUUAAGUAUAACCAAUGUAAGUAAGGGGAUGUCAGACAAAUAGGUUUUGUCACACUUAACCGCAAGUUGCAACCCCUCCCCAUUAGCUGCAACCUCUGAAUAAUGAGGAGAAACCCAUUCUACAUAUAUUCUUAAUAUAUACGAAAAAGGAACAUUUGCAACCUUGGGGAACGAACGAUAUUUUGUACACAGUCGCAAUAGUCAAAUUGCACUUGUCCUAUUAAAUGCCUGUGGAGGACUAGGGUGAGUUUUCAUCACAUCAAAAUAAUUUUAAUGGCAUUUAACCCCCUCCCACCCCUUAACAGCCAACUUGUUGUUAAGGGACUGCUCAUUAUUUAUUGUACAGGGGGGGAUUGAGGAGAAACUGGGGGGGCCUUUAAAUUUUUUAAAACCUGAAAGGGGGGGGCUUUGAAAAAAUACACAGUGACGAAAGAAGGGGGGCUUUGAAAAUAUUUACCAGUUUGAAUAAAACAUUACUAGUUUUAAAAAUGUACCACAAAACAACUUAACAACAAAUAAUGUUUAUAGACCUAAUAUUUAUAAAUGGAAGCCAAGUCUCUUAUGUUCAUGUAAAUAGACAAUUCCCAUUGUAGACUAAUUUUAGAACUAGGCAAAGAGAUGCAAAUCAAGGCCGAAUUUUGGUGAAAAUAGUGGGGGAGGUGGAAAAAAAUGUUAGGGGAGGUGCAGCAGUAUAGCUCACAACCCCCAUGGAAAAUUAGGGCUUAUUGUAGAACAGGCCAAUAUCAACAAGGUGAGGUAUGCAUGUAGUGUACAUAUGUACCAGUGUAUUAAUGAAUUAUGAAUGUAUGACUCCAAUCUUGCCUUUCAUUGCAAUUGCUACAAAGUUUCUUUCAAAACAUUGCAUUAACAGUGUACUUGACACAUAUAUGAAUGGCUAUCACUGUUUCAAUUUUACAGAGAAAACUUUCUUAUGUCACAAAGUGUAGAUCCUAAGCAACCAUCACAUUUUCACUUUGUUCCAUCAUUGAAACUUUCCGAAGGGGAGGUGCAUGACCUUUCAGGAGAAGUGCAAAAAUUCUCAGGGGAGAUGCAAAACGAUCUCAGGGGAGGUGCGCACCUCUCCACACCUCCCCUCAAAAUCCGGCCUUGAUGCAAAUAAAUCACCAUUGCUAGAAAGAGAAUACUAAAAUAAGUAAAUUAUUUCAAAGUUUGGUUGCGAGUUGUUGUAAAAUACGGAAAAUAUAGCCUUGCUAUACUUUUGUAUUGCAUGCGAAAAUUGCAAUACAAAAGUAUACAAAAAAAUUUUUGCAACUUUGGAAGGCUAUAUAUUUUCUACAUUUUACAACAUUUCGCAACCAAACAUUGCAAUUUUAUUAAUUUUAGUAUGCCCUUCCCGGGAAUAUACUUUUUUAGUCUAUAAUGGGAAUUGUCUAUUGGUCCCCAUUAUCUAUUUGUGUUUCUCUAAAUAAAGAGCUAGAGUUUUUGUUUCUCUAAAUAAAGAUAAAGAGCUAGAGGGGGGACGAAAAUUUAUGAUCUUGUUUUGCCUGUUGGGGGGGGCUUUGAAAAUUUUACUUAUCUUAAGAGGGGGGCAACGAAAAAAUAUUAUAACUGUAGAGUUUCUCCUCAGUCUCCCCCUGUACAAUAAAUAAUGAGCAGUCCCUAAGCAUGAUGAAACCUAUUUGUCGACAACACAAUAAUUCCCCCUGUAUUGGUAUUUGGCUAAUGUAAUAUGAACUGUAAGGGAACCAAGACUCAUUGCUCUGGGCAAAAUUUAGUAUGGAAGAAAAUGUGUAAUAUUAUGGCCGAGAUAAAUUUAGUGUGGAGCAAAUAUUCUACUUGUUGUACAUGACAAUACUUUAACUGGAGUGUGUCAGAGUAAAAUUAAGAUGGUUCAUUAAAAGACAAAUUGGUACUUGUUAAACCAAAUGAAUACAAAUUUUCUUAUUCAUGUCGUGUAGGAGGGUAUCAGAAAUCUGUUUCUGGCAGUUGGGGAGGUUCAGUCGUGCAAAAUUUUACCACCUAAAGAUCCAAGCAAUGAUACCAAAUAUGGGUAGGUAUUGCACUUGAAACUAUAUAUUUUUAUUUACCACAAAACGUGAAUCAAAGUUCUUGAAAUUCUUAAACUUGAGAACAAAUUAUAAAUCGACAAAUUUCAAUAUUUUUUUAAUAAACUUGUUUCAGCUUUGUGAAAUUUUGUUUGUGGAGAGAAGCCAUAAAAGCGAUUGAGACCUUUGAUGGAUUCUAUGUUGGCAGUGAAAAGAAUCUGCAGGUUCGAGUUGCUCACAGGAGACGAGGUGGUGAUGAUUAUUUUGCAAUGAAAGAUGAUGAAUACAGUUCAUCUGACGGAACUUCCCAAAAUACUCCAACGAAUAGGCAUCCACCUUUUAAUGACUAUAACUUGUAAGUAUGCAAUUAUGAUAUAAUCUUGAACAGGAAGUGCCAAUGAAAAGAAAGCUUUGGAUUGAUAGGGAUACAACGUCCUUGUAUUUUUCAAGCAGUUGGCAAUUACCCUAUCAAUCCAAAGCAAUAUAAUGAUAUUUGUUGCUUGGUACGAUUGUGAAUAGAUGCUACUCCUUGCAGGUCAAUCACCAAAAAGGUGGAUUUCUUAUCAUAUUGACUGCAUUUGUAUCUUUUUCAAGUGAUGAUGAAGCCACCAGUGACCAAAAUCUUGGCAUAUCACAAGAUCGUCCAGCGGAAGUGAACCAUUCUCAACAACACCCCAUGAAAGUAAACAACAUAAACAGUGAUCAACAUUUGAACAUGUUGUCAGGAAAUCUUGGCAACAGUGAACAAACUGGGAGUGUGAAGUUACCAAAUGAGACCAGCCAUGUAUCACCAGGUAGGUGCAGUAUGUAUGCAUGUAGAGUAUUUAUUCUCUAGUGAAUGGGAAUUACCACCAUAUAUCAGUGUCUUUGAGUUUAUUAUUUGUUAUUUUUUGUGAGAAACUGCCAACUGUAUCUCUUAUGGUUAGCUACAGGCUGCGGGAUGAAAUUUUACAAGCUGAAAUGCGACGCAAAACUUUUUUAGUCUUCUUGCCCAGCAUUGUGUUGAAUGGAAAAAUUUCAUGCAUUGCCUAAAAAGUAGAAAAGUUUCAAUGGGAAACUUUUCAGAUAUGACAUAAUAUUUCACUUACAUUUGUUAAUUAAUGAAUGUUCAUAUAAAAUUUUAUAUAAAUUAUUAAAAUAUGUAAAACUCAAAUUUAAACCAUAGUGGCUUGGUUUUAAUGUUAAAUCUAAUAAUCAAAGUCUGGUUUUGAACUGGGGUGUAUUAUUUUACUGAGAUGAUGCUACUGCAUUGAGUGGCUCCACAUAGUCCACGUUUUUUGAGAGUCGCCCCAGCGUAACUUACAAACCUUUUUGUCAAGACUAAGUUAACUAAAUUAAAUCUAUACUGGAUACUGUAGCUCUGCUGUCUAGUUUAAAACUGCACUCCCUAGAAAUCCACCUCCUGUUUCUACUUUAACCUAUAACCAUAUCUGUUAAAUAAGUAUACAAUAAAGUCAUUCUCGUGUUUCUCCAUUAUGAAAAAUGUGCUGACUAAUAAAUGCACUUAAAUCUUCAAUUUCACAGCGCGAGAAAAGUUGCCGUGCACUCGCUGCGAGAAAUUGUGCACACAAAGAUGUGUUGCGUGUAAGGCACCGUACUGCAGCCGAGAAUGUCAGAAGAUUGACAGGGCAAGACAUAAACUUGUGUGCACCUAUCAGAGCAAUACCAAUACUCCCAAACCUGCUAAUUCAUCUACACCCGCACCUAUCCCAGCUCAAGUACCUGAACGCGAGCCUGACAAUGAUAGCGACUUUGAUUGUAUUGACAUUUCACUGGAUACUACCCACUCCACUCGUAAAGAAAUUGCAAAGGAUGAGAUUAAGAAUUCAAUACAAUCAUCUAAGGGAAACAUUGUGCUUGAUAGUGGCUAUACCAGUCAAAAAGAGGAUAUGAGCAUUGCCAUACCAUGUGAGUCUCAUUGUGAAGAAAUCAAUACUGAUACAGGAAUGGUAAGUCUGAAAUAUUCUGAAAUGUAUCCUCAUCUAAAUUAGCUUUAUUUAUUCCAAAUGGCUUUAUCUAAUGCUUCAUAGUACAGUACAGUAAAUGUACGGUAUGAUUCUUGGGUUUUUUCAUACAAUUCAAAGAUCUCAAAGUCCUACAUUGAAAUUUAAAGUCUUUCAAGGAUUUCCAAGAACGCUUGGAAUUCUGUGUAUGCGACAGUAACGCGACCAAUGACAUUACAAUACCCAGCCACUUAUACCACAUUAUAUUUUUCAGGUAAUACAGUACCUCUUAUAUGUUUUAGGAAAUUCCGCAUUCUGAUAUGCCUGGCGCUCAAACAUGGCUUGAGAAAAAUUUCUCUGCGUAUGUUACUGCUGUAUCUUUUGUGAACUCAUUUUGGGCUGUUGUUCGAACGCCAGACUAUCCUCGUUUUUGUGAACUAACUGCCGAAAUGGCCGAAAUAAAGGAAGAAAAUUUGGAAAAAAUGGCUGUGGUUAACGUAGGAUCCCCUUGUCUUGUGAGGUAUAGUUUGGAUAACUGUUGGUACCGCUCCAGGAUAACGCAGGGUAAUACGGAACAGGUUGAGAUAAUCUUUGUUGAUUAUGGGAACAAAGAAUGGAAGAAUAUCCAUGAUUUAUACCAAUUACCCCAAGGGUUCGGAGAUGUCCCACCGCAAGCUCAUCAGUUCUUUCUACGCGGUGUCACCCUGGAAUCCAGUUCAGAAAUCGAUCAACGUAUGAUCAAAUUACUGGACAGUAUGAUUUCUGGUAAAACCUUGCAAGUUGAGUUAGUGUAUUAUUCUGCUCCUCGUUGUAUCCCUGAAGUGAUAUUAAGGGAGAAUGAUGAUCGAGAGAGUAUUAAUCAACGAAUGAUAAAUUAUCUGGAACAAGAACUAACAUCAAAUUUUAUUGGUAGUUCUGGCCUGCCUUAUCACUCCCAUGUUGACAAAAACAUGGGUAUAAACUGUGUUCCUGUGGAUAGUUAUGAUUCACAUGGUGUUUCUGGCAAAGUUCCGAUGAGUGGCUAUCUUUCAGAUAACAUUUUAGCCAAUGAAGCAGUGACUGCCUAUGAAUCCUAUGAUGUCCCUCCCAAUGACUCAAUGAUUGGCAAUUUAUCUGAUAACACCCCAGAUCGUAAUCCAGUGACUGGGUGUUUAUCAGAUAAUGUUCCUGAAAACAACACCGAUUAUUUAUGUGGUACCAUCUCGUAUGAUAACGGCCCAACGGCUAACGAUGCAUCAGGUAAUACCCCUCCCAACCACUCAAUGACAAGCUUUACAACCAGUGACCCUUUACAACCAGUGUCCAACCAAGUUAGUCCAAAUCCGAACACUGUUCUCAAAACUCACAUGGCUUCGGAAGUUCCUAUCGACAUUUUGCCGUCUACGGAAACAUUUGAUAUAUUUGUAUGGCAUUUCGUAACUCCCACCUCAUUUUGGAUUUGGUUUCUGGAUUCUGCCAAAGAAUUAUACAAGCAACUCGCUUCCAUGUUGAGUGAGACUUACGAACAGUCUACAUAUGCAGAGUACCUACCAAUCGUUGGCGAACUGAUUGCGGCGAAGUUUACUGAUGGUGUUUGGUACCGUGCUACGUUGGAUUGUAUCAAUAAUGAUUGCUCCCUUAAAGUUACUUUUAUCGAUUUCGGAAACAGUGAAGAUGUAAGUCUUCACGAUACUAGAAAGAUUACAGAUACCUUAGCUGCCUUUCCAACACUUGCGACUAAAUGUGCAUUGUAUGGUAUGGAAAAGCCAAUUCGCAACUGGUCCGCAGAGUGUAUUCAGUUUUGUAAUGAACUGAUGUUGAACAAACGUGGUUCAGCCAGAGUCCAAAGUCAAGUACAAGAUUUGUUGGUGCUGAGAGUUGAUAUAGAGGUUAAUGGUGAAAUGAAAUCCGUUGUUGAUGAGAUUAUCAAGCAAGGGUAUCUCAUCUCGGAGAAUUCUGGUGUCGUACCUGCCAAUAGUCCCAAUACACCUACGGAACAAACUUCAAUGAACAAGGAAUCUGCAACUUUUCACUAUCAACCUUUUGUUUCUGACAAUAAGCGUGUCCUGCCUAGCAAUGAACCUGUUUUACCUGACAACAAACCUGUUUCCCCUUUCAACCAACCCGUUAUAGCUUCCAGUCAUCCUCUUUCUCCCAGUUACAAACCUGAGUUCCCCCACGACAUGAAACCAGCAUUACCUCACCACCAAACUACUUUACAGGAAAGAAAACCUGCUAUACCUAGCAAUCAGCCUCCUGACAAAUACCCUAGACCUGAAGACAACUCUGUUUCAUCUGACAACAAACCUACUACAUUUGGCAACAGACCUUGCACUAAACCUGCUUCACCUACCAGCCAAGCUGUUUUUCGGAACAACAAGCCUGUUUUACCUGACAACAAACCUGUUUUACCUGUAAGCAAACCUGUUGAAUUCAGCAAUCAGCUUGUUAACCCAAAUAGAAAUCCUGCUUUUAAGCCUGUGAUUUCUGACAGUAGCCCUGUUUUAUCUACCAGCCAACCUGUUUCAUCAAGCUGCAAACCGCUUUUACUCCACAACAAACCUGAUGCACUUUUCAAACCACCUGUUUAUUCUGGCAAUAAGAUCACUUCUCCUGCCAAUAAUAGCAGUACGCAACUUGUUUCACCAAAUAUCCAGCCUGUUUCGGCUGAGUACAAAACAAAUAAGGUUUACAACGUAGAAAGUCAACCGAACACGAAGCCUGCACGGUCAAGUUCAACAACUAAUCAGGAAUCUAGUCUGCAGUCUGCCGCAACAAGUCCGCAAUUAUCUCAAAUUUCUCUAAACAGUGUUCCUACUGGGCAGAAAAUGGAGGCAAAUUGUAAGACAAUGCUUCCAUUACCUACCGUGCCGAAUACUGAAUUCAAUGUCAUUGUGAAUGAUGUUUUAUCCGCAGAUAUGUUUUACGCUCAAAUUACCUGUGCGAACUUAGUCAGUGAAUUGCACAAAUGUGUGGUAGAAUUAAACGAGUAUGUGACGAAGAAACAUCCACCGAAAAUCGAAAAUGCUGCGGUCGGCACCCUUGGUUGUGUCAAGUUUUCCCGGGAUAAAGUGUGGUAUCGCGCUCAGGUCGUAAAAAUCAAUUAUGGGAAUUAUAAAGUUCGCUUUAUUGACUUUGGCAAUAUUCAGGAUGUAAGUCCGGACGAGUUUCUGGAAGCCCCAGAGUUCUUUUACCAGUUAGCUCCACAAGCUUUAUGCUGUCGACUGGGUGCGAGUGAUCACGUCUGGGGAGAGCAGAGCAAAAAUAUGAUGGAAGGGUUGACAUUAAAUAAACAACUGUCGUGUAAAGUGAUUGGUGGAACGUCUUGGCCUCGAUUUGCCGUGAAAUUACAGAGGACUGUUGGUGACCAAAUAAUGGAUAUAGCAGAAGAACUGAAUAAAGGUAACAUUGACCUCAUAAACACAAUCGAAGAAUAACAUUUUGGAUGUAAAGUAAUAUAUACAGGGUGUAUAAAAAAUGUGUUGACCUACAUUUAUUGCAGAUUACAAACACGGAAUUAUUUACUUAAGCUUGGAAGAAGAUGAGCACCAAUUUAUGGUUUGUCUUUGUCCAUGUUUUUUAACCAAAGUUUCGCUCUUUAUUUUUAUAGGUAUGACCCCUCGUCGUCCAGUGCGGACCUCGCCUUUUCCUUCGAACACGUCUUCCUCCCGUGCUCCUUCCCAUCGUUCUGCAAGCAGUAAACGUCAAAGCAACACAUUCUCCGAUCAAGUUCUCAAUCCCGCCAUUUUCAGGUCCGGCAUUGGAAAGGUGGGGGAAAAGUAUGCGGUUAGUAUCUCAACAAUUUUCCACCCGACAUACUUCUGGGUACAACCUGCUGAAAAUGUAGAAAAUGUCAAACGCUUGCACGAGGAACUAAACAGUCAUCACAAUAACAACAGCUAUCCUCCUUUUAAACCUCUCGUGAACUCGCUAUGUGUGUACUACGAUGCAUAUAAACGUCAAUGGUAUAGAGCGUUUGUGAGACAGGUAACUUCAAAGGGCCUUGUAGUCCACUCCGUUGAUUUUGGCUACCAAUCGCUGGUAGACGAGAAACUUAUCCGUCCAUUAGAAGAAAAGUUUUGUAGCCAGCCGUUUGGAGCAAUAUUGUGUUCCAUGGUGGAUGUGUUACCAUAUGACGGGAAGCUGUGGACGGCCGAAGCCACGAAGUAUUUUCGCAGUAAAGUGAAGUCGAAAGUUGUAACGAUUCGUGUUAUUUUCAACAGCAAAGCACGGCUGUUUGUUCAGGUGUUCGACCCUGACUCCAGCGACGAGUGCUUGCUCGAGACAGCGCUCAUUGCUAAUGGCAUGGCGAAGAAAUUCCAACGUAAAUCUACCCGGAGUGAACCAAUCUCAUGCGUCGAUCAGAUGCUAGAUGUGCCGAACAUGCCAACUGCUGAAUUAUCUUUGAGUGAUGACAGGAACAUCGGUCUGCAAAUUUCAAGUCAAGACCAAUCCGGGCAAGACUACUCGUUGCAAAAUCAAAGUUCAGCCCGUUCAGUCCAUCAAGAUAAUGCAAAUCGAACAGAUAGCAAUAGAGCUCAAGGUUACAUUGGCAAUGUACGAAGUCGUCCAGGGAGUUGA